CUGUAAAUAUUCAUAACACCUGCCUAGAUCAUGGCCACAGUUAUCAGAACUUUGGAAAUGAAUUAAAAUAAAGUGAGGCGCACUCGCGUGUAGAUAUGGGAGAAGCUUGUAGUUUUAAAUUCAUCUUGACAGCUCGCAAAAGGGUGCACCCGCAGGUAUCGGAUCCAAAUAUUCGGUGCACGAUGCCCCCGCGUAAUAGGAGAACAUCAUUUACGCAUUCAGCGAGCCAGAUAUUCCAUGAAAUUGAUCAAAUAUGCGGCACUUGACGUUUUCUGUUGUUAGAAUAUGUUUUUGUUUUCAAAGUCCAAGUAUGAUAUCCAGACCAGAAAUAAUUCGCUAUUUUGACAGAAUCGCUGAACGUUUAUUUAGUCGCUAUUUAGAAUAUAGUCGGAAUCAAUCAAUUUGCCACUUUCGCCUCCUCCAUUUUCUCCUCCCUCUCGCCUAUUUGUGAUGUCUUGUGUCGUGUUGUGACAGCGCUGGUAUUGUUUAUUGAGGUGGAUGUCAAGUAUAAUUAGCAAUCGAUAUGGAAAACGUUUCGUGUCAUGGUUUUGACGUCACCGACGAUUAGGGUUUCUUAUUGGUUGCGAAUUCCCCAGCGCGAGUGCUAGUUAUUUGUACAAGGGGAGAGUUGAUGUUGACAAAGAGGGUGAGCGCAAAAAAGCCUGUGCGCCUUCCUCAGUCACCUUAUUCCUCACCCGAGAGCGCAAAGCAUGUCCACGCUCGCCCCUCUACGGCUGCUGCAUGCAUUCUAAGGGAAGAAUUGGAGCUUGUUUGCCCAGACAAACGGUUCCCUGAUCCGGAGAUGAAAUGAUGGAUAGCCGGAUCCUCGAGCAUCAUCAUGCCCAGUUUGGAGGCUCUUUGGGAGGCAUGGUUGGAAUGGGGUUUCCCUACCACAUCGGCCCCCAUCACGUUUACGAUCUUUCCGGACACCAGCUACAGUCGGCGGCCGCAGUACCGUUUUCUAUAGACGGAUUACUCAACGGAUCAUGCUCAGCGUCUGUUGCAAACUCUAACCCAUUACUCGGAUCUGGCUGUGGCGUAAACGGGGAUAGUCGGUAUAAACUCAGCGAUUCCGGAGACCAUGACAAGGAAAGCCCUGGUUGUAAACGGAGGCGAACGCGUACAAAUUUUACGGGCUGGCAGCUGGAGGAACUAGAGAAAGCGUUCAACGAAAGCCAUUAUCCGGAUGUGUUCAUGCGAGAGGCGCUCGCGCUACGUCUAGACCUUGUUGAGUCACGUGUUCAGGUGUGGUUCCAAAACCGGCGAGCGAAAUGGCGCAAAAAGGAGAACACGAAGAAAGGGCCAGGUCGACCGGCUCACAACUCUCACCCCACUACAUGCAGCGGCGAGCCAAUGGACCCAGAAGAGAUCGCGCGACGAGAGUUGGAGCGCUUAGAAAAGAAAAGGCGAAAACAGGAACGCAAACUCCUCAAGUCACAGAACAAACUUUUAGCGGGUGAGCUCUUACAUACGCCCGGAUCUGACAGCGACAGCGGAGUAUCGCAGAGCACAGAUAGCGAGUCGGCACCGCACAACGUGCUUCAGCCUAAAGCACAUCGACAACAAACAGAACACAUAUGUGACCCACGCCACCAAAGAACCGGAACAGUCAACGAGACAGCUGAGCCCAUAGACCCCACUCUGAACUCUGCUUUGUGCCCUGCGAACGCCAUCACACGCGCAUCCACGCACCAGAAACUCAACCCAUUUAGUGUGGAGAGUUUACUAUCCGACUCAAGUCCCAGGAGAAAUGCUAUCCUGGAUUUUUCUCAGUUACCGCCACGGAGACCACUGAUCGGAAAAGGCCAUUUCCUCCUGUAUCCUAUUACCCAGCCACUUGGUUUCAUUGUGCCACAGACAGCGAUGAAACCGAGUCAGGAUACAGUAAACUCGGAUCACAACUGUCCCACGACAGACUUCUUGACCCCAAAUAAUCACUUGUGCAAGGGUACAAAUGUCAAUGAGGCCACAAACGAUGCACUGCAAAGAGAAAGCCACAACUCUUCCAAACAGACAAUACACACAAGCUCAGAAUCUAAUUCACCACAAAACGAGUUUGCAAAUGAGCCCGAGGUCACAAACUCUACCCAGAAAGGAGGCAUCUCGCCUAACCUGUCCGAAUCGGACACGAAAACGCGCAGUUCUGCAGAAAACACAAAUCCAGAUGGAGAGGACAUUAACAAGGACUGACAUAGGUAUAAUUGUAGAGCCAAGCUGACUUGUCACAAUCCCAAAGCUGAUCAUGACACAUUUUUUUUUUUUGUAUAAAAGACUGUUUGAAUUCAUUUUUAUAGCCUACUUUUUUUUUUUUUUUUUCUUCCAGAAACGGAUAUUCUCUAUUCAGGUGGACUAUCGCUUUAUGUUUCAUCUCGGCUUAAAAUGUCUGUUCCGAUUUAGCAAUCAACUUGAAGUUAGCUUACGAGCAGGAUACAAGUACAACACCAAUCCUCAAACAAUGUAUAAGUAAUAAAGUAUCAAGAUAUUUAUAUAUGUAACGUUUUGAUAA